UAUAACAGGAUGGGUAAAAGCCUUUUGCUGUAAAUAUGAGCCUUUUCAUAUUCAAAUUUACCACAUAGCAUCUGCAAUUUAAUUGACAUAAGUUUUCUAAAGUGAAUCAUUAAUUCUAAACAUAAAUCUUGUUCCUUCGGGAGUUCUGUGUGAGUGGAAUUCUGUGAUGCGGAAGAGAGAUAAUAAAGCUAUAGUUAACUACGUCGUGUUGGAGACAAGGGUGUUUGAAUUUAAACUUCAGUGUCAAAGGCAUCAGUCAUUUUUUACUCAACCUAUUAGUAUAUAGAUGGGCAUUUCAUGGGUCAAUGCAUGGUGCACCAUUCUGCCCACUUAAAUAUAUUUGCAAUUCAUAUCACAAAAAAAUAUCACAACUCGCUGUUCAGUUACAGCCAUUAAGGUGCAUUUGAUUGUAAAUUGUAGUGUUGCAUGUCAAUGUGGCAUAAACUUAGUGCAAAUCUUCAGUAUGGAUAGAAAUCAACUUCUAAAUUAUGAAGGCUACGAAACUCCUAUGUAUCCAUCUUAUGGCUCAAGCGAUAGCAAUCCUAAUAUUGAUGGCUACGAGAAUGGACGUCAUUCACACUCUGGCCUGAGAAAACAAAGCAGUUUAAAUACAUUUAAUGGUAGCAAAAGAAGUAUUGAUUUAUCUUCUACAUUUGAAACAAGCCAAAUUGUUCUCGGUUGGGAAGAUAUUAAUGUGUUUGUACAUAAACAAACGGGCCUCUUUGAUCGAUGUUUGAAGCGAGGUCGGGGAAAUAUUGAAUUUGUCGUGAAUCAAAUUUUAAACGAAGUAAACGGUGAGAUUCCCUCUAAAAGUCUUGUUGCCAUCCUUGGUCCAAGAGGGGCUGGCAAGACAACAUUGCUAAAUGCAUUAGCUCAUCGAAGGAUCGAGCAGUUAGAAGUGACUGGCACUGUGUAUGUUCGUGAAGAACCAGUUGGAAUUAAUAUUAGAGAAGUAUCUGCAUAUGUUGAAGAUCAUGACGUAUUUGUAGGAUUACUGACUGUACGGGAACAUCUAAUUUUUCAAGCAUUUCUUAGAAUGGGAAGUGAUGUAUCACGUGAAGAUAAAAUAUCAAGAGUAGAAGCUGUAAUGGAAGAAUUUGGUCUUAAAGAUUGGGAGCAUGCACAAAUUGGAUCUCCAGAUUCACAUAACGGGGUGCCACGUGAAAUAACGAAGAGUUUGUCUAUUGCAUCUGAGCUGCUCUCAAGUAAAAAGUUUAUAUUGUUCGCUGACGAUCCACUGACUGGCUUGGAUUCCCUUUCUUCAAACAUGUUGGUCCAUACUCUUCAAAGAUUAGCUAACAGUGGAUACACUAUUUUGUGCACUUUAGAUCAACCAACCUCUGACGUUUACGCGUUGUUCAAUAAGAUUAUUCUACUCGCAGAAGGACGGAUCACGUACCUAGGACCAAGCAGUGAAGCAGUUUCUUACUUUGGCAGCAUUGGAUUUCCAUGUCCUGAAAAUUAUAACCCAGCAGAUUUCUUCAUCCGAACGCUCACAGUAAAUCCGACUGAAUAUGAACAAUCAGUGGAGAGAAUUAAGUACGUUUGUGACAAAUACCGAGAAAUUGAAAUACGACCCAGGGCUCGAAGCGCUUUAGGACCAAUCGAAUCGUUUGAUGAUCCAGAUAAGAAGACUGUCCUCUUUCAUGCGGGACGGUUUACACAGUUUUUAAUUGUCUUGUGGCGUUCCUUCAUCAUAGUUAAACGAGACAAAAACGCUUUGUUUUUAAGAACAAUUCAAGCAGUUAUUCUUGGAUUUAUAACCGGUCAAGUGUAUUUUCAACUUGAUGAGGACCAAGAAGAUAUUCGGAAUUUUUCUGGUCUUUUGUUUUUUCUUGUUCUCAAUAUAACGUUUUGUUCAUUUCAAGGAGUGCUUUUUACGUUUCCUUUGGAACGAGAUAUAUUUAUACGAGAGAAUGAGAAAGGGAUAUACUGUACAAGUGUGUACUUCCUAGCAAAAUCUUUAGUCGGGAUACCUCUUGAUUCAAUUCUGACAAUAACUUUGAUGUCCAUUGCCUACUGGAUGUCAGGACUCAGAGAAACAUCAGAGGCUUUCUUUCUGGCAUGUGCUACUGCAUUGUUGGUGUGUCAUACGUCUGUUUCGUUCGGUUAUUUUGUAUCCACUGCAACAAAUUCAUUGUCACGUGCUAUCGCUACUGGACCAAUUCUUAUCUUACCUCUUCUAAUAUUUGGGGGAUAUUUUGUCUCGAACAAUACAAUACCUGACAGCCUGAAAUGGUUACGAUAUAUUUCCUGGUUUAAUUUUGGUUUUGAAAAUUUAAUGAUAAAUCAAUGGCAAAAUGUCGAUAGGAUAACAGGAUGUGGUAAAACAACUUCAAAGCAUUGUCUACAAAAUGGUGAACAGGUCUUAGAUUUUUAUCAGCUUGACGAGAACAAUUUCAAGCGAAACUUUUGGUUACUGGCAGCUCUUUGUAUUACCUACAGGCUCUUGGCGUAUAUUUUCCUGUUGCGAAAUCCAAGUCGAACACGGUAACAUUUCAAGAGCGAUUGACGUUAUCUGGGACUGGGGCUAGGGCCAGUUAAAAGUUAUUGUUGGGUUGAAAAGCGCUAUCCACUAAAGUUAUACUAAAGUUUAAAGUCCACCUUUCUGGACUAUACGUGUGUGUGUGUGGCGUUAUUAGCCGACCAGCUGGUAAUGCACAGAAGUCUGUAGCCAACAACCAUAUCAGAUUUUCGUCAGUGGAAAAAAUCAGUGAACGAAUAAGGUAAUAAUGGCAAUGAAGCAAAAUUCUAAUUAUUAUAUUAAUCGCUUAGUCAAAAAAUCGCACCGAUGAGAAAGGAAAGGGCUUACCCUCGUCAAUGUUAAAUUUUUUAAGUACAAUUUCGCGCUUUUAAUACCACCGUUGUUGAACAACGUUGUGCCGUUUUAUUUGAGUGAAUAAUAUAAUUAAUUGCAUUGCGUUGUAUCAAUUUAGAAGAUAAUUAUUGUAGUGAGAAUCAAUUGAGUUAUUGCUUUGCGUGUUUAAAAUUAAUGUUCCAACAACUGUAAAAAAACUGUAACUGAAGAAGUUACUUUUUAGGAUACAUAACAAUUUUGUUAAUCUCUGGAUUUUUGCAUAGUCAUCUGAAAGACUUAUCAAAUUUUAUAUUGCCGGUUUCCGGCAAUUAAACGAUAGUGCGUGUAUAUAUAUAUCAUU